AGCCUAACAACAUUUUUUGAAUAAAAAGAAAUAUAUUUGUACACGUAUAUUUGUUUUUGUUAAUGAUGAUAUAAAAUUGCACAAAAUUAAUUCACAUGGAAGGCAUUUUGUGGAAAUGGACCAAUUAUUGGAACGGCUGGCAAACCAGAUGGUUUGUACUAGAAAACGGUGUUUUAUCAUAUUGCAAGUCCCAGGACGAAGUAAAGCAAGGGUUUAAAGGAUCAGUUAAAGUUCAAGCUUGUGAAAUAAAUGUUUGUUUCCUUGAUAAUACUAGAAUGGAUCUAGUUAUUCCUGGAGAACAGCAUCUUUACCUCAGAGCUGCCACAUCACAAGAAAGACAAAAAUGGUUGGUAGCAUUAGGUACUGCAAAGGCUGGUAUAAAUAGGCAUGAAAAAAGUAUUGAUGAACCCAACCCAGAUGCACUGAAAUCGAAAAAGUCUGAGUUAAGGUUAUAUUGUGAUUUACUGAUGCAACAAGUUCAUGUCAUUAAAUCAGCAGCACUACAUGAUAAUGGGCCUGAAAUAGAAAAAAUGGACGAAGCCACUAGAUUUUUAGGAGCCACUUGUAACACAUUUAUUAAAACGCUUGAAGAAUGUAUGACUCUCUCCAAUGUUGAUGUGAAAAACCCCGUGACACCAAUUAAUGACGUACCAUUUCCAUUGACAAAUUCUAUUCCCUCCAGUCGAAAGAAAAGUUGAAUGAGACCACAAAUCAAAGGUUUGUUUGUUGCAGCGGUAUUACGUCGUUAUUUAUUUAAAGUAGAUGAUAUUUAUAUUUAAUACAAAUAUUUCCUAUUAGUUGUGAUCGGAAAAUAACAAGUAUUAAAUAGUUAAACACAAAUUCUAUGUACGUAUCAGAAAGUGAUUGAAUUUUUGUAUGUUAUUUCAUUAUAAUAUUAUUAGCUCGUUUGUUCGGGAUAUUUUAAGAUUGAAGAGGAUUUUGUUUUGUAAAAUGUAUCGCUUAUAGACUAAUUUUUAUUUUAAAUAAUAUCUCUACUGUCAUAGAUCUUUACAAAAAUACAGCAGUACAUCUACAGACUGUAUGACUCUACUCUCAAAAUACAAACAAAUAAUUUUCAUCAAGCAGUAAUUUAUGGCACUUCAAAAGUUUUUAAUAAAAUGAAAAUUUACACCGUUGAAACAUAUUUGAAAUCUAGUCUUCAUUCUGUUUUACUAGCAAAACGGUCAAUAACUCGUUUAUUAAAGUCUUCAAUGUUGUUGAAUCAGAAACGUUGUCACUUUAUCAGCUGAUAACAUUCCCAAUGCACUUAGUCUUACUUCUUGCAUCGAGUUGCGUAAAAAAGUUUUUAUCCUCUUCAACAUAGAGAAGUAUCUUUCAGCUUCGGAUGUUAACAUAGGCGUAGCCACUAAAACUUCCGGCAGUUGUUUCUUAGAAAGUAGAUAUCAUUUCUUCCUUGAAAGUAAUGAUAAAAGGGGAACUGCUUCAGAAAUUGUUUGCAGUUCUUUUCUUUCAUAUAAUAGUUGCAAUUAUGUUUUUAAACGUUUUUUUUUCUUGAAAUGGAUAAACGUCAACAGUAUCAGAGAGCAAUUUGCCUGAAAAUUCUUUUUGAUAUUUGUUAAAAUGGUCUUUCCUAAAUAAUGCGGAUCUACCAGAUCCGGAGCUGUAAAAAAAAUCGAGCCGUAAUCUGUUGUAAAAUGGAAUCGGAAUCUGCCAAGACUUCUAUUUUUUUAUUCAUUGAAACAUAUAUAUCGGAAUGAGGACAACGUUGCCUUUUUUAAGGAAUAGAUUAAUCGGUUUCUACUAGCUCCGAAUCUAGUUGGUCAAUAACUGUAUCCAUUUUAUGAAAAACUUUAAAUUACCAAACUUUAAUUAAUUAAACUUUAAUUAACCAAACUUUUUAUUCUGUAAUCUAAGAAAAUAUGCACUGACUUGCUCAACCGUUGAAUUUAAUUUAAUACUUUUUUCAUUCUUCAAAAUUUCCAUGAGUUGUAGCAGCUCAUUUCGGUAUUCAUAAACUGUAUUGACUCCGCGUGAUUGAAACUAUCUCCCAUCCAAUACGUUUGUUCUUUGAGGUCAUGUAGUAAAAAAUAACAAAUUCCAGUUAAUUGAGCGAAAAAAAUCCGAACAGAUGCAUUAAUUGAAGCUGCACUCCUAAUUAUAAGAUUCAUCUGCAUAGUAAUAUACAUAGUUUGCAAAUGGAUACUUCUCUUUAAUUAUUUUUUGUACCCUAUUUACAGCUCCGCUCAUAACCCGUCAUAACUUAACUUAUUAUUAACUUAUUUGGCGUCUUACUGAUUGAAGGAUUAAUUUCAUUUGAAGUACAUGCUAUUGGAAUGGCAUUCUGUCCUGGAAGAUUUACAAACUUCCAAAAUCUUUCUUAUAGCUUAUUGGAAGCAAUAUAUCGUAAUAUAAUGACUAACUGAAAUUCGGUAGCGACAUCUGUAGUUUCAUCUUCAAUUACAGAUACAUAUUUGAUUUGUCAAAUCUUCUUUAGUCACCUCAUCAUGGUAAACGCCAGGCAUAUAGUCCAAUAGUUCAUUUUGUAUACUUUUAGAAGUCUCUUUAAAUAUUGUUGCUUUAUUAAAAUGAUCCUCUUAAAAAAUUGAGAAAUAAAAUCUAUUAGUUCCCGAAAAACUGCUUUAUUUGUUGAUUCUUACGUUUUAUCGUGACCUCGCAAUGCUAACUCCAGUGUACCACAGAAUCUUAUUCAGUUUAUAAUAAUGUUUAAAAUAUACCUGUUUUUAUCAAAUACUGAGUCACUAAGUGUUAAUAAAAAGCAUAUAAACAAAAAACUUUUUGUUAUGUUAUGUUGUAUUUUCUUUCAUUUAUCAGUGUACUGCAACCUUAUAAAGUUGCAGUCUAGUUGGGCUUUAGAAGCCCGACUAGAGAAUGUUGUGAACCUAUGAAGGUUUGUUUACAUGCUUUGCUCGGAAAUCCAUGUCCGUUCCCAUUUUACUCAUUAUUUAAACUCAAUUUUUCUCGGCCCGGUGGGAUUAGAAACCGGAUUUCCUUUAUGUCAAUGAUGAAUUCUAGUCUAUUAACCACUGAGACUUUUUGGCUUUUUGAAUUACAGAGUUGACUUAUCAUAAAAACAGAAAUGAUUUUGUGGUGAUAUUUAUUUUAACAAAACAAUUUCCUCUUUAUGAGCAGCAGGUACUUAAAGUAGUGCGAAUUAUUCUUUUGAAUCAAUACUAUAUAUUAUUUAUAUAUGCUUUAUUAUUAUAAGUAUUUAUUGUACUUUAGCUAUACCACCACUACUACAAAAGUUGUUUUAGAACAUAGUAUAUAUUAAAAAUGAUUGUUUCAAUUAGUUUAAGCUAUAAAAGCGGCAUAAUAUAUUAUACUAGUCUAUACGAUGUUGGAAUUUCAAAAACUGAAUAGACAACAAAUAUUGCAUAUUGCGAUCGCGUAAAAUAUUUAAUUCUUCUACCAGACUAUCAGAGAUAGGCAAUUUUGAGUGAAUAUUUGUCCAGAAUUAUCUGUAGAUUCUGUAUUCUGGGGUUCUUUGCUAUAAUUUUUUUUAGAUGUACCCCAUGACUAAUGUCUAAACCGCGUACUUAUAGGCCGGGUAAUUUUUCCUCUGGUUUACCGAUUGUUCCUCAGGUUUACCUAUUUACCGAUUGUCUUUCAUUACUUCAGCUCGGUCUUUUGUGUAAUAUUCUUCCCCCUUCAGAACCAUUGAGUCCAGAAGUCCAGAGUCCAGGCAGAAUCCAUCUGCCCCUUCCGCUAUGGAUCUUCGUCUGUAACCCUAGACAGGAGCCCUUACAGGGUGCUAUCAAUUAAAGACAGUUGAACCCUACACAACGAGGUUGUUACUCCUUUCCCCCCUCCUUCUCAUCUCUUGUGUAAUAAGGCCCCAGACUUGCUGCUGGUAUAGCAGAGUUUGUUCUGGAGUGAAAUCUAACCCUCUGAGAAUAAAUAAAAGAAAAGUUUAGUUCGUCUACUGCUGAAAUCCUAUCAAGAUUUUCUACCUAUUGGUUUUCCAUCUAUCGACGAAAUUAUGUCUGUUGUCGCAUCAGUAGAGAUGUAACUUAGCGCUGUUGUCCAUAUAAAAUAUAGUCUCUGUGUAUUUAAUUUGAAAGAUUAAUUACAUGGUACAUGGUAAAGUUUGUUUCACGAAAAAUGGUUGAGUGCUUAAUGGUUACCUGAGUUGAUCCUAUUGUGUAUACAAGAGUCUCUCAAUAAACUAACGAAGUACAAAAGGUCGCACUUCAGAAAGUUUGUUAUUUAAUAUAUUUCAUUGGUAGCUGUGUAAUACAUGAUUACAAAAAUUUAUUAAAUUAUUUCAUAUGGUAUUUUCAGGUUUUUCAAGUGAAUAUACUUGAUAAUUGAACAAUUUUUAACAUGAAGAAAGUAGUUUUUUUGUUCAACGUGAAUAAUUGUAGUACAUGGAUCUAAAUUCAGAAAGGUACUUUCCUUCACGCUUUUUAGAGGCUUAGGACUUUCAGCAAAAAACUGGCGUGUUUAAAAGUUUUUGCUCUUCCUAAUCGGAUAUCGUUAAAAAUGUACAGUAAUAAUAGUUUUAUUUACAGUAUAUACAUAUAAACAAAUUCAUAAUGUAC